AUGGUUAAGCUUGGGAGUAAUCUACAAGACAAAGGCGCAAAACCUGUAAGCGUUGAGGAUGGCUUUCAGAACGUCCCUCUUAUCACGCCCUUGGACGUCAGUAAUCUUCAGUACCAAGCGCCAGACAAGGUGGUGGUGAAAACACGAACUGAGUAUCAGACAGAGCAGAAGAACAAGGGCAAGCUGAAGGUGCCGACGGUGGAAGAAUUCCCCGUCACCUUUAACGACAGAGUGUCCGAGAGACUCAAGGUCACCAUUCUCAUUGUCCUUGCCCUGGCUUUCCUGGCCUGCAUAGUGUUCCUGGUCGUUUACAAGGCCUUUACUUACGACCACACCUGCCCAGACGGAUUCGUUUACAAGCAUAAGCGCUGUAUUCCCGCCUCUCUGGAAGCUUACUACACUUCCCAGGAUGCACACUCAAGGGGGCGUUUCUACACCAUCAUCAGCCACUACAGCAUGGCGAAGCAGACCACCUCCCAUUCCGUGUCUCCUUGGUUACCUGCAGGGGCUGCCCCACAUGAGGCUAAAGCUCCCAAUGCUGACAGCCAAUAA